UAAAUAAUUAACCAUUUUCUUGUUUUAAUUUCAGUCUCGAACACUACGUCGUUUAUCAUCGUUUCCAAGUUUCUGGCGGAAUUUUUUGGAACAGCAACGCUCAUGUUUCUCGGCUGUAUGGGCUGCCUGGAUGGUUUUGACAACGUUACAACCAACUUAAGCCGAGGCAUCAUUUUUGGCUUCACCGUUAUGGUUGUGAUCCUCACGUUUGGUGUUGUAUCAGGAGCACAUAUAAAUCCAGUGGUUUCCAUAGCCGCUUACAUCUAUGGUGAUCUUUCUGGCACAAUGGUAUUAAUUUACUUUAUAGCACAAUUCGCCGGUGCUUUAUGUGGUUACGGACUACUCAUGGCUGUUGUUCCGCAAGAUUAUUUUAACCAAGCAUUGGUGGAUGGCUAUGGGAGCUGUGUUACUGCUCCACAUAACAGCCUUACAUCUGCAGGAGCAUUGGCAAUAGAGUUCAUAGUUACAGGAAUCCUUGUAUGGGCAUGUUGUGGAGUUUGGGACCCGCGAAAUGCAGACCAACAGAACUCGGUACCAAUUAAAUUUGCGUUACUGGUAGCAGCCAUCUCGGUUGCAGCUGGUCCUGCCACAGGGGCUAGUAUGAACCCCGCUAGAACACUUUCUCCUUGUAUAUGGAAUAAUAGUUAUCAUAAAAUAUGGAUAUACUUCGUUGGACCACCGUUGGCCGGUGUUAUUAUGCCCAUCGUGUAUAAGUACGUAUUCCGAAGAGAAUCCAACAACAUCAUCGAACAUAUUCCUGCCCCUCCACAAGAACAAGUAUGUGUUUGUAUCCUGCACAAUAAAGAUUCACAUGUUGAAAAAGUUUAAUAGUGAUGAUAAUCAUCAUUUUGAAAAAUGUGAGAAGAUAGUGAGAAUAAGUGUGAAUUUUUAAUUAAAUCACUUGAAAUAUUAUAAAUUCAGUCGAGAGAGAAAGUGUAUGUGCAAAAGGCGUGCAAAUAAAAA